CCUCAGAUUCGGAUGCGUGUCACUUACUUUCAAGAACUCGAACCGCAGGGCGCCAGUUUUCGUUCUCGCAUGACUUGACCUGAGCGCUCCAGCUUAUAUUUGAAACGGUUCCCCCGCUGCACCCGGGGUCGUUUCAUUUCAGUUUCCCACUUCAUUCAUGAGAGAUAAGAAGAGUUUGCAGGCUUACACGUACCUAUACACAUCGAUAGCGACAUUCUGGACCUACGAUUAUGCUUGUUCACUUCAUCAGGAGUGGACGUUCCUGCUUCGGUCACGCUGGUCCAAGGUAAAAUGCCUUUAUAUCGCUACACGAUACGUGCCCUUUCUCCUCCUCGCCGGGAAUCUAUAUCUGAACUUCAUGCCAAACAAGAACUCUGAUACAUGCAAGAUGUUGAACAAUAUUUGCUCGUGUUUCAGUUUAAUAUCAGUCACUUGCUCUGAAUUCUUUUUCGUACUAAGAACAUAUGCGCUCUGGAACAAUCAUAGAUUUGUACUCGCAACCACGCUGACCGCCAUUGUCGCUGUCAUUGUAGCAUCGGUCAGCGUUUCCUUCGCCACUACUGCCACCGAAUCAUUUGCGACCAGCGUGGUACCGGGCAUCACAGGCUGCUACCAGAGCUCUGCUAGCGUCCACCUCUUCAUACCCUUCCUUCUCUUACUUUUGCUUGAACUCGUACUCAUGACCCUCACGCUCGUACGUGCUAUACAGAACUGGCGGACCACCAAGAGCCAUAUGUACGCCGUCCUGGUGAAGCACAACAUAUUCUACUAUGCAUGCGGUCUGUUUUUCUCGACGGUGAAUGUCCUCGCAACGCUGCUCCUCCAUUACGAUUACCACGUCAUGUUCCAAGAUUUACAGUUCUUCGUGCUCGCGAUCCUCGCCACGCGCAUGCACCGCCAUCUCUGGCAUAUCGACCGGCGCGUACACGCCUUUGUACUUAUUCCUAUGUCCGACAUGUAUUCUGCGGCCGGUACGACAUGAUGCCUUGUUGCCCGGCUCGUUCGGCGUCGUUCACGAAGUCUGGUGGAUGUGAACUUGAUUACAUUCUAGAUCCGCGGGCUCAUUGAAUGUCAUUUUUGGGGGGUCAUGAAGGAAAUAAGUUGCCUAGUACUUUUAUGCGAUUGUGCCUAGUCGAAUGGGAGGUUAUCCGGCUACUUACCUACGCAGCUACGGAUUUAGGUAUCAGACCUAAGUACGUGGACAAAUCAAUCGAAGCAAGCUAGUAUUUAUAUGGAUUGAAA